CCAUAAGAUGAAAACAGCUCAACUUCCGCCAAGUCAGACUUUGCGACAAGUCGUCAGAAGAAAUCGCCUGAGAGAGCAGGCCGAUGGCUCCCGUCGUCCAGCGUCAACUAACGCUACAUUAGAAACUGUUCUAAUUGUACUGCUAAUUCAUUUGAGUGGUGCUAUGUCUUCGGGAAUGACUGGACAAACACCGUGCCUUUCCAGUCGAUGGGAUAAGACAGCCCAACCUAAACGAAGUGUAGAUGUGAAGCAGCAGAGGAGUGGAGAAAAUGCAGCCCACUCUAUCUCUUUAUCAGGAGUCGUCAGCACUGCCAGUUCAAACAGCACCGUUUCACGGCCACCACAAACGGGAGAAAAGCCAGAACCUCAGGGCGGAGUUGAAAUGGCUGCGGCAAUGGCUGCUAAAAUAAAUGCCAUGUUAAUGGCAAAAGGAAAGCUAUUGACUCCUCCACCGUUACUUGCAAAGACCCCUCCAAGUGUGUCUGUGCCAACCGCUACAGAAGAAAUGGUGGUCACAGAGGUUGACAUAAACGAUGUACCGCUAACUUGCAGGGACCUUCUUACUAAAGGCAAGACACAAGAGGAGAUCCGACAGUUUAGUGGAGCAAUCGUCUCAACGAAAGGUCAUUACAUGUCUGAUGGCGAAAAAGGAAAAGCGGGACAAAGACCUUUGUAUUUGCAUGUCCAUGGAAAGAACCAAGGGCAGGUCAAUAAGGCUGUGCUGAGGAUAAAAGAGAUCAUCUCUGAAGACCUGCUGAGGGCCUCAGCAGCAUCUGGACAACAGAUGCCUGUAAUGCCUCCGCUCACACUCUACCCUCAGCCUCCUCGCCCUGUCAUUACCACACCCGUGCCACGGAUGCCCAACACAAGCUCCGUGCCAGGACAUCGGCCUGCAGCACCUCAUUCUGGGAGUUUUGUGCACACAAAGAUUUUUGUGGGUCUGGACCAGGCGUCACCCUCUUUCAACGUGAAUGAAAAGGUUGAGGGUCCAGGAGGUUCGUACCUGAGUCACAUCCAGGCAGAGACGGGGGCUCGUGUCUUUCUCAGGGGAAAAGGUUCUGGCUACAUCGAACAAGCAUCAAAACGAGAGUCUUUUGAGCCACUUUACGUCUACAUUAGCCACCCAAAUUCAGCUGGAUUGGAGUCAGCGAAGAAACUCACUGAGAGUCUGCUGGAAACUGUAAGGGAUGAAAAUGCCCGUUUGGCGUCUAUGUACACAGCCACUGGCUCAACACAACCAUACGCAGCACAUGGAUUUCCACCUAAUAGCAAUUACUCUAGCCAGGGGUCCUGGUAUAACUACCCAGCAAAUGGGUAUGCUGGCGGCUAUUCAGCGUACUCAGGAGCCAGUGGUUAUUGGAGUAAUGCAAAUGGUCCCCCAAGUCAUUCUAACAUGUCGACAAACCCUCCAUCUUCUCAGGCAAUGGUUCAGUAUCCGGUGUGUCCUAGGAAACCGCAUCCUUAUCUCGUCCAGCAUCCUGGCAGCAGCGAGACAGUGGCGCCUGAAGGAUCUUUAAGCACCCCACCUGACCCAGGAAGUCCCAGACGUCGUUUCCAGGAAGGGUCUCGGGAAGAACAGCCUACUAGCAAAUCUCCAGAGGGGCCUGCUCAACAAGAGUCUGCACUUCCUGUCUCGAGUGUUGGAGAAGAGAAAGUAGUAGAAAGGAUUCUGAUGCCCCCACCGCCACCCUUCUUUGUGGCUCCUGCACCUGUUGGACGCAAAAGGCCGAGAGACACGGUGGCAGAAGAUCCAGUCAGUCUGCCUGGCAUACCCGCCUCAAUGGGUGUCCAAGAGGAGCUGUGCGGGAAAAAGUCUAAAGUGGACGACUCGGGGCUUGUGCCCUAUGAAGGAGACUCCUCUGAUGAAGAGGAGGAGAGGACACACAGCAGUAAGACAGAUAACUCAUAACCCCCGCCCCACCCCAUCCCCAUUGUCCAGGAAACAAACAGACAGACAGACAGACCCAAAGUCUACAUUCAGUAAAUUAAUAAAGUUCUCAAACCCAAACCCCCAUUAAAGGAAAAAUCCACCCUUGCAUUUCAAACACUGUUUUAGGACUAUACCAGUGUUUUACCCCAGUUACUUGAAAUAACAAAUACAGUGUUGCUGAGCACAUAACAAGCAAGCAAUGCCUUAUGGCAUUUAAGGCCAAAUUAUGCUCCUGCGCUUAAUCAAAGCUGUGUAUACGUAUGUAGGUACCUUGUCGUAGCUGGGCGUGCACCUACUUAAAAAUGUAGCUACAUGUCACUGCGACACAGACCUCAACAAUGUCACAUUUCCUGCUUCUCCUUUUCCAUAAACAUGAAAUCAAGGAGACAGUUGACUUUUCUUGCUACAGAUUCCCAACCGUGGUCAGAAAGCACAGGGGAGACAUUUUGUUUCUCCCACUAUGCCUCUAGAAUUAGUACUUGCUCCAAAGAUAAUCACCGUCACUUUCUCACUCUUUCCAACGAACGCACGCACGCCCUGCUAUUCUCUUAAAGAAAACGACCCAGACAUCAAUGCACAUAAAAGUGCAAGUAUAAAAGCUGUGCGUAGAGCCCCUGCAGAAGCAUAAAUCCAGCUUUAGGGUAUGACUUUUAGGAACUGAAAUCCAUUUUAGGACUUAAAGACUGAUGACCAAGCUUCAUACAUGGUCAGGUUGACAAUCUUGUAUACAGUGUUAAUGUAAAGCACAGAUUUCUUGUAGUAUUCCAGCUAAAGAUGCAAACAACACUGGUAUGGUCUGGAAUUACCACUUUCUGAUGUUUGGUGCUUUCCUGGACUCUCAAGGAAGAACGGUUUAAAUUGUCUUGUCCUGUUGUAGGUUUUGCUUUGUGUAUUUCCAUUUCAGUUAGUGUUUUUAUUUUUCUCCCAGAAUGCCUUUCUGUGACCACUCACACAAUGGGUGUGAACGUGUUGGUUUCAGUCAAAGGUGGGCAUAUUUAAAUGGCAAGCCCAACUUUAUAGCAACUGUAAAUAUUGAUGAUCUGCCAACUCAAUUCAUUGUCAUUGUGCAUAUGUUUGUAGCCACAUGUCUUAAAAUGAAGCACAUCUUGUGGCUUCAUACUCAUUAGGGAAGUUAAAAAAAAAAUACAAGUCCUUUGCAGUGUCUUUCUUCCUUGUGUUAUUGCUGUCUUGGUAGAUUUUUAAUCUUUUUUUUAUUCCAAGGGUCUCACUCUAAAACCUGCACCAACCAGUUUCUUAAAUCCAGAGACAUUUUUAGUUGGAAAAAUAGAUCGCUAUUAAACAAAAUAUUCACGUUUUACAGUGGAAGAAUUCAAGGUGGAUUUUUCCUUUUUUAAAGAUGUGGAUACUUUACUAUAAACAUAUUUUUAUUUCUUUAAACAUACAUCUUUUGUUAAUCCAAAACAAGCCCCUUAUUUCUUUUUUUUAUUUAAACACUUGGUCUGCUGCAAGUUACUGAUGCUAUAAGUACAUAUUGUAAAAUUCAGUUGAACUUUUUUCAUAUCUUGGAAAAUGGUGUAUGCCUGUUCCCAUGGAAUACUAUAAUAAACACCUAAACAC